AGGGCCGCCUCCCUGCUUCCUGAGAUCGGCAGCUGCUCUCGGGAUCCCCAAUUCCCCGUUUCUUGGCCGUCAGAAAACGAGCGAGAGACCGGAGUCUCGGAGAUAGGGGGCGACCUGAGAACUCUUACGGCGGAGAGACGAUGUGGUGGAGGGUCUCUAGCCACCUCCAAACCCUCGCUGGUCCAUGGCGGCGAUCCGGCCACAAGCUCCUCCGCCUUUCCACCCAAGAAACCCUACAGAGCCGUGGCCUCGCCUCCAUCACCUCCUCGCCGUUCCGGAAGACCUCUCCUCUCCUCUCCUCGGAAUCCGGUGGGUCCUCCUCCGAUCUCUUUUGUUUUUGGCUAGGUUUGAACCGUGCGGACCCAUCCGAUUUGGUCUUCUGUCUUUAGAUAAUGUCCCGACGAAGAAGAGAGUGGAGGACGUGAUGCCGAUCGCCACCGGGAAUGAACGGGAGGAGCUCGAGGCCGAGUUAGAGGGGAGGAAGCGGUUUACUGACAUGGAUACCCCGGUCGGUCCGUUCGGCACCAAAGAAGCACCUGCUGUCAUUGAGUCCUACUAUAACAAGAGAAUAGUCGGCUGCCCUGGUGGUGAAGGUGAGGAUGAGCAUGAUGUUGUCUGGUUCUGGCUGGAGAAAGACAAACCACAUGAGUGCCCCGUGUGCUCUCAAUACUUUGUGCUGGAGGUGAUUGGUGAGGGAGGGGACCCAGAAGCCCACAGUGAUGAUGAACAUCACUAGGGAUAGGACUUCUGGAAAUGGAAGUAUUUGGUGGGACGGAUGGUUUCCGUUAUUCCGUGUAUCUUCGGAGAGCUUUAGGUUAUUCUGUUCGAUCAAUAUUCCUUGUCUGUGAAUCUGAAGGCGUUUCCUGUUGGGUGUUUUGCUUGCAUGGUGUAAUGGCCAUCUAUGUGACCUUUGAAUUAUUUUAGGCCUUUUGAUGCAUUGUCGAAUAAUCUAAGGCCACUUAAGUUUUGUUCUUUCCUUUACUUCUAGAAAAUCAUAAAGGGUUUCACCUGUGGUGCUGGUAUGCACGCACUUUCAUCUAUAGUUCUUUAUAUUUGAGUUAUCAAUUUGUGGGAAA